AUGUCACUGAAGGGUCAAACGGUGUUUAUAACAGGAGCUUCCCGCGGCAUUGGAAAGUCUCUGGCACUUCGUUUUGCUCGCGAAGGAGCUAACGUGGCAAUUGUUGCGAAGACAAUUGAGCCCAAUCCCAAACUACCUGGCACUAUUCAUGAUACUGCAAGGGAGGUCGAAAGGUUAGGAGGCUUUUCUCUCCCCGUUGCUUGUGAUAUUCGAUUUGAGGAUCAAAUUAUUGCUGCAAUCGGUGCCACAGUGAAAAGGUUUCUUUUGCCGAGAAUCGAUAUUGUCAUCAACAACGCAUCUGCGAUUUCGCUGACCAAGGUCCAAGAUACAAGUGCAAAAGCAUUUGACCUGAUGAACGGAAUCAAUGUUCGCGGGACUUAUCUGGUUAGCAAGCAUGCGGUUCCCUUUCUGAAAAAAUCAAGAAACCCGCACAUUUUGGCGCUUUGUCCGCCGAUUUCUUUGGAGAAGAAAUGGUUUGCAAAGCAUACCGCCUAUACGAUGUCCAAAUACGGGAUGUCCAUGGUAAUCAUGGGCUUGUCUGCUGAACUUCAAUCGGAAGUAAUGCUUUGCUUGAUCUAA